UAUUUACUUUCUUCAUCAUUCUCCUUCUUGUGAUCUGAAGUGUGAGUUUUUUUCUCUGUGAUUUUAAUUAGUCUGUGUUAAAUUGGUGAAAACAUACCUCUUUCUUCUCCUUCCCAGCCAGUACCGAAGAUUUAUUAGGAAUCCAACAAUUAGAGAAAACUGAAAAGGUGGAAAGCAGAUGGCUGAGGAGUGUUGCCAUGUGAUGGUUGCCAUAAAACCUGUGAAUGGUGAGCAGUUUGAUAGUUUGACGAAUAAUCAAUUGGACAAUGCUGUGGAGAAACUAUCAUAUGUAGCUUUGUCUCUCGUAUGCCUCGAGAAGGCUCACCCUGAGAACGGGAUAUCUACACAACUUAAGGCCCUAUUUGUGGAAGCUCUUGGUGUCUUUUCUGAGAAUGGUUCUCAGGUGAAUGAACAAGGCGAGACAAGUGAUGAUGCCAUCAGAAUGAUAUCAAAGGUGCUGAAGAUAAUUCGACUGGAGAAUAUUGCUGAGCGAGUCAAAACUUCAAAGCCAUCAAGGUCAUCUAGCCUGCUAAUUACUUUAGAGAUGGUGGAGUCUGUUGUAGCUUUGCUUGAUUGUUUUGCUUGUAUACUGUUUGCAUUUAAUCUGAACCGUCAUGAUGCCUCUCCCGCGUCUGUGCUUAAAAUGAAGCUAAGAUACCUAAGUCUCUUCUUGAGAUUUACUGCAAAGUGGUCCAUUGAGCAUGAGAGUAUAAAGGAUCUCUUCACCUGUGCUGAAGAUGUAGCUUAUGCUGCAUUUCACCUAUGUUUCUUAAAGUUGGCCUACAAUAUGGAGAAAGAUGACGACCAGUCGCAUGUGCUGGACCAUGAGUUCUCUAAACUGCUGGAAAGGAUAAGUCCAAUCAACGCGCCUGAACUGAGACAGAUUUACCUGAACCUCUUUAUAGAGUCAAAGUCAUCACGAUCAGAGACUCCAAAUCCAAUGGACGCCAAAUCUAUGUAUUAUUUAGUUAAUGCUCUCAAAGAGGAUCUGGAAGAGCUGCUAAGUCAUGAUGCCAGCUUGAAAAAUACUUUUGAUGAUCAAAUUCCUUGGCUCCAAGAAGGACUUACUCACCUUUCUGGAUUACUCUCUGGCAUAGCAUUUGGAGGCACUUCACUUGAAGUUCAGUCACAUAUCGAAGCUCUGAUCAAUGAGGCAGCAAUUGUGAUCUACUCAUCCUGCUAUGAUGGCAUGACGAAUACUGAAAUAGACCAUGAGCUCUUUCUGUUGCAACUGAAGUUUAAUCAUGUCCAGGUAGAAAUCUAUCUGAUUCAGCUACUAAACGGUGAAGCCACCAUAAUGGCUCCCUUGAAAUAUCUGAUUGAUUGUGUUCGAGAAGAGCUGAUACUCUUGGGAACUUUUCUCAUGGAUUUAUCGGAGCAGUGCAAAGAGCAAACAAAGAUAACUGAUUUUUUGACCCUUAAUCAGUCUGUGACUGACCAAGCAUGGUCAGUCAUUGAAUCUUUUUCUCGUGACUCGAAGAAAGAAGACAUGGCCAGGGAAAUUAAUCACAUGCACUUUAAAUUGCUUCUUAAAUUCAAGUUUAUUAAGGCAGUGAUUAGACAGAUGUGUCCCAACAUUUCAUCAUCAUCGACACUGGAUCAUCCUACAAUAGAUCUUCUGAAUUUUCUUCCAAUUGACUUUGAUGCCAUUGAUUCUUAUUUCAGCAUGCUAAAAUCCACAAAGACACGAUCUUCACAUAUCCCCAAGGUUGAUGAGGUUUUGAUGGGGUUUCAUGAAUAUAUUCUUGGCAAUGUGCUACUGAAAGAUGAAAGUUAUUCGAUGUUUACUGUUGCAAAUGAGGUUAAAAAGUAUUACUAUGGGUUGUUGCUCCUUGUAACGUAUCUUGUUGAUCCUCCAGUUCAGAUCAAUGAAUGCGUGAAGCAGAAUGAUUUCUUGACUAGAUUUGGAACUCUUUCAAUUGAAGCUGAAUCUUCUAUCUGUUCAAUUUAUAAGGAGGCUGUGGAUAGCAACAAAAGUAGGAAGGUCAAUCUUAUUAUUCAGUUUUUGACGAUUGCUUUCGAUCUUAUCAAGUCUGAAGGAAGGUUGAUGAUUCUACAACAGCAGAAAGCUACUUUGGAAGCUGAAAUUCUGGAUCAGAUUGAAAGUGUUCAUGAAGAGCUUAUUUUCCUUAGAGCUUUUCUCAUGGAUGUUCUCACGCAACACACAGAGCUUAACGAAUUGCAUGAUCUCUUAAUGCAUGCUGAAGUGACUUCCCACAAGUUAGGACAGAUCGUAUUUGAUAAAAAACUUAAUAGAUAUAUAGGGUGUAGGAAAAAGCUAGUGGAUUCACGUGAACUCGUUCAUGGUGUGUGGUCAUUUGAAUAUAAGCAAAGACUGGAUUUAUUCGGAAUCCAACAAUUAGAGAAAACUGAAAAGAAACUUUUAUAUGUAGCUGCUUCUCUCGUAUGCCUCGAGAAGGCUCACCCUGAGAACGGGAUAACUACACAACUUAAGGCCCUACUUGUGGAAGCUCUUGGUGUCUUUUCUGAGAAUGGUUGUCAGGUGAAUGAACAAGGCGAGACAAGUGAUGAUGCCAUCAGAAUGAUAUCAAAGGUGCUGAGGAUAGUUCAACUGGAGAAUAUUGCUGAGCGAGUCAAAACUUCAAAGCCAUCAAGGUCAUCUAGCCUGCUAAUUACUUUGGAGAUGGUGGAGUCUGUUGUAGAUUUGCUUGAUUGUUUUGAUGAUCUACUGAUGGUAUUUGAUCCGAUGCGUCAUGAUGCCUCUCCCGCGUCUGUGCUUCAAAAGAAGCUAGGAUACCUAAGUCUCUUCUUGAGAUUUACUGCAAAGUGGUGCAUUGAGCAUGAGAGUAUAAAGGAUCUCUUCUCCUGUGCUGAAGAUGUAGCUUAUGCUGCAUUUCACCUAUGUUUCUUAGAGUUGUCCUACAAUAUGGGGAAGGAUGACGACCAGUCACAUGUGCUGGACCAUGAGUUCUCUAAACUGCUGGAAAGGAUAAGUCCAAUCAACGCGCCUGAACUGAGACAGAUUUACCUGAACCUCUUUAUAGAGUCAAAGUCAUCACGAUCAGAGACUCCAAAUCCAAUGGACGCCAAAUCUAUGUAUUAUUUAGUUAAUGCUCUCAAAGAGGAUCUGGAAGAGCUGCUAAGUCAUGAUGCCAACUUGAAAAAUACUUUUGAUGAUCAAAUUCCUUGGCUCCAAAAAGGACUUACUCACCUUUCUGGAUUACUCUCUGGCAUAGCAUUUGGAGGCACUUCACUUGAAGUUCAGUCACAUAUCGAAGCUCUGAUCAAUGAGGCAGCAAUUGUGAUCUACUCAUCCUGCUAUGAUGGCAUGACGAAUACUGAAAUAGACCAUGAGCUCUUUCUGUUGCAACUGAAGUUUAAUCAUGUCCAGGUAGAAAUCUAUCUGAUUCAGCUACUAAACGGUGAAGCCACCAUAAUGGCUCCCUUGAAAUAUCUGAUUGAUUGUGUUCGAGAAGAGCUGAUACUCUUGGGAACUUUUCUCAUGGAUUUAUCGGAGCAGUGCAAAGAGCAAACAAAGAUAACUGAUUUUUUGACCCUUAAUCAGUCUGUGACUGACCAAGCAUGGUCAGUCAUUAAAUAUCUUUCUCGUGACUCGAAGAAAGAAGACAUGGCCAGGGAAAUUAAUCACAUGCACUUUAAAUUGCUUCUUAAAUUCAAGUUUAUUAAGGCAGUGAUUAGACAGAUGUGUCCCAACAUUUCAUCAUCAUCGACACUGGAUCAUCCUACGAUAGAUCUUCUGAAUUUUCUUCCAGUUGACUUUGAUGCCAUUGAUUCUUAUUUCAGCAUGCUAAAAUCCACAAAGACACGAUCUUCACAUAUCCCCAAGGUUGAUGAGGUUUUGAUGGGGUUUCAUGAAUAUAUUCUUGGCAAUGUGCUACUGAAAGAUGAAAGUUAUUCGAUGUUUACUGUUGCAAAUGAGGUUAAAAAGUAUUACUAUGGGUUGUUGCUCCUUGUAACGUAUCUUGUUGAUCCUCCAGUUCAGAUCAAUGAAUGCGUGAAGCAGAAUGAUUUCUUGACUAGAUUUGGAACUCUUUCAAUUGAAGCUGAAUCUUCUAUCUGUUCAAUUUAUAAGGAGGCUGUGGAUAGCAACAAAAGUAGGAAGGUCAAUCUUAUUAUUCAGUUUUUGACGAUUGCUUUCGAUCUUAUCAAGUCUGAAGGAAGGUUGAUGAUUCUACAACAGCAGAAAGCUACUUUGGAAGCUGAAAUUCUGGAUCAGAUUGAAAGUGUUCAUGAAGAGCUUAUUUUCCUUAGAGCUUUUCUCAUGGAUGUUCUCACGCAACACACAGAGCUUAACGAAUUGCAUGAUCUCUUAAUGCAUGCUGAAGUGACUUCCCACAAGUUAGGACAGAUCAUUGGUUCUUGUUAUGGGAGUUCCGUGGACGGGUCCAGCACUCAGCAAAUGAGGCUUCCAUUAUCUGAUCUGCUACAAGAGAUUGAGACUGUCAAGGUAGAGUUCAGAAAAGUAUUCUUUCAACUUCUGGAUGCAUCACCUUGCAACAUGACCGGUGGAGAAGGUCUUAUCAAUUUUUUAUCGAACCGCCAAGACAGGCUGUUAAACUAUGAUGAUUGUUCAAUCUCUUUUCUGAAGAAUCAGAUCCUAGUAGUCAAAGACAAAUCAGAGUACUUGGGAUCUUUUAUUGCAGAUAUCAUACAGUACCGUGAUAUGCAUCAAGAACUCAAAGACCUUGUGAGACGUGUUCAAGAUAUAAAUUAUGUAUGUCUCUUCCAUGUCAAAGGUUAUAAACCCACCUGGUAUUACAUGUUAUGUCUCUCUGAUGUCAAGCAAUUGCUCAAGCAUAUUGAGGCAGAGGUCAAAAUGAUCUGUCUUAAAGUUCCACAUUCAUUAGGUUGUAGUUUCCCCAAGACAGAUGGAUUAGGAUUUUUCAGUUGUUUCUUGGGAAAAUUGGAGGAGCUGUUGCGUUCUAAGAUUCAUUCAGUUAUCAAUUUAAAGCAUCAGAUUGAAUCAGUCAAGGAGAGCUUACUGUGUCUCAGAUCAUUGAUGAAUCAUUUUGCGGAAAACUUAGAUGAGCAUGAUGAAGUUUAUGGUAUUAUAAUAACAAGUGCUACUGAAAUGGCAUACAAGGCAGAGUAUGUCAUCGACUCGUGCUUGUCCAGUUCUCAUCCACUCUGGUACAAAGUUCUUUGGAUUUCUGAAGUUGUUGAUAACAUUAAGCUUGAAAAUCAUGUUGUUAGUGAGACUUGUGGAAGAAAGAAGAUAGACGUGAAGGUGCGUAAAGUUGUAAAUACCUCUGUGAGUCUUGGACCAUCUUUAUCAGGUAAUACUCCAAGAACAAAUGAAGAAAUGGAGGGUUUUCAGGAGGCAAUGGACAAAAUAAAGAAGCAGAUACUUAGAAGAUCUCCUCAUCUGGAUGUUAUUUCGAUAGUUGGUAUGGCUGGGAUCGGGAAGACCACUCUUGCAGAGAAGAUUUACAAUGAUCUCAUAGCUACCCCUCACUUUGAUGUACACGCUAAGUGUCGUGUGACUCAAGUAUAUUCAUGGAAGGAAUUGCUACUUACCAUCUUGAAUUCUGUUCUUCAGCCUGCUGAUCGCACUGAAAAAGAAGACGGUGAAUUAGCUAAUGAGCUGCGUCAAGUUUUGUUAACCAAGAGAUUCUUGAUUCUCAUUGAUGAUCUGUGGGAUAAAACAGCAUGGGACUGUUUAUAUAUGUGCUUUAAAGAUGCUCAUAGUGGGAGUAGAAUUAUCCUAACAACUCGUCUUACUGACAUUGCCAAUUAUGCUAAAUGUGAAAGCAAUCCCCAUCAUCUUCGUUUAUUCAGAGAUGAUGAGAGUUGGACAUUAUUACAGGAAGAGGUGUUUCAAGGGGAUAGCUGUCCACCUGAACUUGUAGAUGUGGGAUUUCAAAUAGCAAAAAGUUGUGGAGGGUUGCCUCUCUUCAUUGUGUUAGUUGCUGGUGUUCUGAAAGAGGAAAAGAAGAAUGAAGAUUCGUGGAAAAAAGUAGAGGAAAGUCUAGGUUCACGUAACGGUGGUAGCUUGGAAGAGAGCAUGUCUUUAAUUGAAUUCAGUUAUAAGAACUUACCACACCAUCUGAAGCCUUGUUUUCUCUACUUUGGAGGAUUUUUAAAGGGCAAGGAUAUUCAUGUCUCCAAAUUGUUUCGGUUGUGGCAAGCUGAAGGAUUUGUACAAGAGAAGAAGGAAAAAACCACAGAAGAUGUCACACAAUACUUUUUUGAAGAUCUUAUUAGUAGAAAUAUAGUAAUGGCCAUGGAGAGGAGACCGAAUAGCAAGGUGAAAAGGUGUCGUAUUCAUGAUCUCUUGCACAAUUUCUGCUUGGAAAAGUCCAAGCAAGAAAAUUUCCUUAACCAAAUCAAUAGGGGAAUGGAUAUGCUUCCUGAAAAGCCUGAGGACUACCGGUUGUUCAUCCAUUCUUACCAGGAUGAGAUUGAUUUGUGGCGUCCAUGUCACUCAAAUGUCCGGUCCUUACAAUUCAAAGUUGUAGAUCCGGACAACCUGUUAUGGCCACGUGAUAUCUCGUUCAUAUUUGAAAGCUUCAAACUUGUUAAAGUGUUGGAUUUGGAAUCGUUCAACGUUGGUGGUACUUUUCCCAGUGAAAUACAGAGUCUUAUUCAUUUGAGGUACUUAGCUGUUCAAACUGAUGCAAAUUCAAUUCCUUCUUUUAUAGCUAAACUCGGAGGAGAGGUGAUGUUACCUCGUUCUCUUCUGAGGAUGGUCAAAUUGAGGCAUAUACUUGUAAAACAGCGUGCUUCAUUUACUUUGCAUGAGAACAUGGAUGAAUCACUUGCUAACUCUCAGUUAAAUGAUUUGGAAACAUUUUCGACUCCACGUCUCUCUUAUGGUAAAGAUGCUGAGACAAUUUUGGCAAAGAUGCCAAAUUUGAGAAAGUUGAGUUGUAUAUUUUUGGAGACUUUUAGUUAUUCGGAGAAAUUGAAGGGAAGGUGUGUUCUUUUUCCGCGAUUAGAGUUUCUAAGUCAUCUUGAAUCAGUCAAGCUAGUUUCCAACAGUUAUCCAUCUAAACUUCCACACGAGUUCAAUUUCCCCUCAAAACUAAAGGAAUUGACUUUGUCCAAGUUUCGUCUUCCCUGGUGUGAAAUUUCUAUAAUCGGAGAAUUGCCUAACUUGGAGAUUCUAAAGUUACUUUUCCGAGCCUUUGAAGGAGAUCGAUGGGAAGUGAAAGAUGUCGAGUUUCCUAAACUCAAGUACUUGAAAUUGGACAAUAUCAACUUUUCACAAUGGUCCAUCUCAGACGAUGCUUUUCCUGAGCUUGAAUAUUUGAGUUUAACCAAAUGUGAGCGGCUUGAGGAAAUCCCUUCUCAUUUUGGAGAAGCUGUGUCUAUAAAAAGCAUUGAAGUAAAUAGAUGUGGAUCGUCCAUUGCUAAUUCAGCCCUGGAAAUUCAAACAACGCAACAUGAAGAAAUGGCAAAUGAUGCGUUCACAGUUACCAUACAACCUCCAGAUUGGGAUACAAGAUCAUCUCUUUGAUCUUGGCUGGUAAAGGAACAUUUCCAGGACACUUAACACCAAUUACACAAACUCAUGUGCUAUAAAGACUCUACUUUUCCUGGUUUGCUGCUAGUGGUGCCGUGCAUUGUCGCGAAUUAAUUGGUCUCUGUAGAACGUGUGUAUCUACUUGUUCAAUUUUAUAUAAGUCAAAAUGUCUACUUGUCUAUACCCAAAGUUGAAGGGCAUAAAUAUC